AUAAAGAAUAUUUUGAGUAAUUCUUGUAAAACAUAUAUACAUAACGAUUAGGCGUUCAAACCAAACGCAGCCUUUAACAUGAGCAUCAGAGGAAAAUUAUAUUCCGCGAGUGCUGCAAUCGCACGUGUUACUAUAAUUAGAUGGUUAUCGAUGACAGGAUCGCGAUAUAUUACAGUAUCUAAAUCUAAAGAAGCAGCCUGUACUCAAAUGGAUGAGAUCCUUAUAAAAGAUGUUGAAGAUAAGGGCAUAAUAAUUUUAAACCGACUUAAGGCGUUAAAUGCCAUAAAUUUAUCCAUGAUCCAAAAAAUAUAUUCCAUUCUUAAACAAUGGGAAUUUUCAAAGAAGCUGGUAAUAAUAGAAAGUAGUAGUGAAAAAGUGUUUUGUGCGGGUGGCGAUAUUAAAUCGUUUGCCUUGGCAUUGAAUGAAACAAAAGAAGACUUUUAUUUGAUUGAAGAAACAUUUAAACAAGGCUAUGUCUUAAAUCAUUUAAUCGCAACAUAUAAUAAACCUUAUAUCGCUAUUAUCAAUGGGAUAACAAUGGGAGCCGGCGUAGGAUUAGCUACACUUGGCAAAUAUAGAAUUGCCACGGAAAAAACUCUCUGUGCUAUUCCAGAAACGUCAAUAGGAUUUUUUCCCGAUGCUGGUGCGACUUAUUUCUUGUCCAGACUGAAAGGUAAACUGGGUAUCUACUUAGGCCUGACAGGACAUAAGUUGCAAGGAUCAUAUCCUGGAUAA